AUGGGACCUUUGUAUGCGAUUCAAAAGAUCUUCCCUGAAGUCAACUGGCCGCUGGAGAUUUCUCCCGACCGAUCCUUCCUUGUAGAGGCAGGUACCCAUCUCUCGAACUUGGUGUUCUCGACCAUCUACGGCUGUGGCCCAGAUAAUGAUGGAGUGAACUUCGAAGCAAUAUUUGAUCAUCUCGUGCCCUCCGGCGUUAAUAAUCCUGAGGUCCUUCAAAUAAACAUUGUGGAUCCAGAGGAGAAGGAGUCAAAUGAUAGAUAUCUAAAGAUUGUUAUCAAUCUAGAGGAGCACAGAGGGACCUUCAUCGCGGUCCCAAGAUGCUGCCAAGUCAGAGUCGGAUCUACCGAGCGCGCACGGGUCAAUGACCUACCUUGA